GUUGCGAGACGUAGAAAAGUAAGACGUACGUAUGUGUAACUCCGAACGCCAUGAAAUGAAGCUAGUCAGAUUUAGUACCUUAUAACUAGGAACUUCACAUAAACUUUGAAACUUUUUUGGGAGGGGAGAUGUUGUAAAAGUAAAUGGGACUAACUCCAAGCUGUACACUCCGUGGGUAUUCCACAGUUGUCUUGUGAAUGUACACUAAAACUCACCAACCCAACUGCUCUAACAUCAAACCUCUCCUAACAUUAGUGCCAGAAACGACCAUAUAAGGCUGUGAAAUCUCUCUUCAUGAACUAUCACCAUUCUUGUUUGGAUAUCCUGGUAAUGGAUUGAAGGUAAGAGUUGGGAAAAUAAGCACCAGGCAUACUUAGUAGUUCAUAAAUUUUCAUAGAUCGUUGCAAAAAUGAUUCGCCAAAACUUGUACUGAAAAUUGCCAAUGCAGAAUAGUCAUGUUGAGUCACUCAAAGUGAAUAGGGUUCCAAAUUCUCAGAAACAGGCAUCCCAGAUAUAUGAAUAAAAGGAUGGGGAGAGGACUAUGUCGUGGAUUUAGAUGGGGUUUUGUAUCUAGAAUUUUGGAAUAAGUGUAGGGAACUACAUGUAUAGCCUAAGCAGCAUCCUGUUAAGAACUCGCUCUCACGAACAACCUCCAACAGGACAUCGUUUGAAUUAAGAUACAUGGUAUAGCCCAUCUUGAUCAACAUACUAUUCUUGUGUUGUUUAUGUUAGAUCCAUCAAUGACAGAGCGACCUCCGAUAGAACAACUGGCCUGUCCAAUCCAGCUCUUGUUUAUGGCCAUAACCAAAUAGCAUAUGCACCCCAAAGGAUGUCUCUGUAGCUCAACUGGUAGAAGCCUUCUGGUUCCAGUAUAUUAGGUAGCUAGCAAUCCUCCCUGUUGAUAUAGUUAUUCAUUUGCAAAAUCAUACCCGUAGGCUAAUUGUAUGUACAGUCUCAAAUCAAAGACUAAGAAUAGAAAAUAGUGUAAUACAUAACUCUACGGUCUAAUCAACUAUGUGGUACAAUGUAUACUAUUUUCGGGUUGGACUUCUUUUUUGAAUGAACUGUCCCGCGUUUUGUAUAAUGAUUGGAUUUUGUGCUUUAAGUAGAAAUAUAGUCUUUUGGUGAUCUCCAAAGCCGUUCUGGCGUUAUGCGACAUGAAAGUUGGCAAAGGUCUCCAACGACCAACCCCACCCCUCCCCCGGUCUGAAUAUGGUUAAGGGAAGCCUUACGGCAGAACAUGAAAAAUGCUUUCUCUUGUUUUCAUGACCAGGCAUAUCCCCUGCUUGCAUGGCUAUAAUGAUAAAUCUUUCAGUGUUUGUCUGCCUUUGGAUCUAUUCUAAUUUCACAGGUAUGAGAACCUCAAGUCAUAAAACCGCCACCACAUCACAGGUCUAUCUAACGGUCGGAGCAGAAAAUUAUAAGAUGACCAUAAUAUCGAAGCUACAGCCUUUUGGUUAGUCACUUCACUACGUCAUCGCAAUAUAGGACGGGUAUGUCACGUUGCCACAGCAGCUCGGGUGCUAAGAGCUAUUCAGUUGUGUUCUCGUAAUAGCGAAACUGCCAGCGGCAUGACCACACACAUAUUGUGAAGUCACUCUGAACAUCCGUCCAGUUAUGUGUUGUUUCUAUGGAGAAUAACACGGCGUCUUUCCGCCCACGUGGUCACCUCAAAUUAGCCAGACCUCUUUAUACCAAAGGGACCGAUGAUCAAUAGGUUUACUACACACAUAAUCCCCACUGACUUGUGUGCCCAGCCUUAAAAAUGUGCGUAGGGUAGACGGACAGGAAGAUGCGAACACGCAAGCCAUAAUUGAUGUAAAGACUACGUCAUUUCCUAUCACACCCGUGAAGAGGCGUGUAGGGUAUAAAUGCCCAGUUAUUGGAUGAUAGAAGAUAAGACAAGGUGUACGGGGACGAACUGCAGCGGACGCUGCUGACAGGGUUGAGAAAAGCAGUGCGCCACUCUGCAACAGAUCACAGCAAUCGACAUGCGGCCUUGCUGCGCUUUGAUGGUCCUCGCCUUCUUUGUACUUGUACACACCAACCAACUCACCGCUUCUGUAAUAAGGAGGUACGACGACGACAUGUAUGACUAUGAUGGGGACAUGGAGCCGCUGCUGGCGCUGCUGGGGCAGCAGGCGGGCAGGGUGUACCACGGGCUGGCCAGGGAGCUGCUGGACAAUAUAGAGGACAACACGAACACACAGGACAACAGAUUCUCGCGCACCUACGAGGACAUGAUGGAUCCCAUGGCCAUGAGAGUGCGGAGAAAGUGCGAGUCAGGCACCUGUGUACAGAUGCACCUGGCCGACAGACUGCGGCUCGGACUGGGCCACAACAUGUUCACCAACACCGGCCCCGAGAGUCCGGGCCGCAAGAAACGUUCCCUGGGAGCUUCCCGCCGCGCAGCACGCCGCCUGUAGGACGGCCGCCUCCUGGGAACUCGUUAAGGAAUAAAGUGUUGAUGAUAGAGAGUGGACUAGAAAUCAUCUCCGACUCCCAACUGGAACACAUGAGAACAUCGACCGGAAGUGGACAGCUCUGGCAGGCAAUUUGAUUUUUGUCGAAUAGAUUCAUAUAUUUGUUCACUGGAGGGUUCACUAUUUAACUAUUUAAAGAUUAAAACUAGAACAUAUAAGAGAGUAAUAUUUAGCACAGAUCUACCCUCUGUGCCUCCGUAAAUAUUGUGCUUUGUGACGCACCAGAAUCCCGCAGCAGAGGACAAAUCAGUGACAUCUGUAGAGGCUGUCAUAGUAAUUAGCCAGGAUUUACAGACAGGUGCACUAGUGGCUUAGUGCAAGGAAAGACUACGUAGUAAAUUUGAUUCAACAUAGUCGUGAAAACCGAUAUCACGAGUAAGAGAUAGAUGAUACAAAGCAGGUUGAAUUACUUGCAUCACGACAAAAUAUUUAUGAAAUGGCAUCACUGCCUUUGUACGUCAUUCAUGAGACACGUACACAUAAUAAAUAUGGUUUACUUCACGGUAAUUCUAGUAUGGUUCUGUGUCGCUCUUGAUAUAUGGUUCUGUGUCGCUCUUGGCAAUAGCAUAACAUUAAAUCAUACAUAUCUACGGUCAA